AUGCUCGCCCUUGCUCCACAGCCAAUGCACGCACCCGUAGAUGUCCCUCCCCAUAGAACCCAGCCGCCAACGCCAGGCUCGUCAACACGGUCCACAUUCCGCAAAGUCACCCCCUCAUACCCCUUUUCCUCCUCCGUUGCUGGUCAUUCCGUGCACUCUGGCCCCUCCAUAACCCACACGGUACCCCCAGAGCCCUCUUCCUCCCGUCGCGCCACGCCACAGCGAACGGCCUCCUUCAGUGUCUCUGCGCGCCCAUCCGUAUAUGAUGGCCACGAGGACGAUCCUUCGACCCCUCCGGGCUCCGAACCCGAGGACAACGAGGCCGAGCCCUCUCUUGCACCCUCACCUGCUGCUGUUGAUAUUCAUGCGUAUGACUCGAGUACCCUCCUCCGCCUCCUCGCGUCCACGUUGACCGAAAUCGCGUCGAUGAACACGGACCGCGACCACGCGGAUCCUUUCCUUUCCUCCCCACACCAACACGGUGGCCCCGCAGAGCCGCAUCCACCCAUAUGGCGGACAUUAACCGCCGCCUCCCGCCAUGCUCUGUCCACCGCCUCCUCUCUGUCCUUCCAUGCGCGCAAUGUUCCCACAAUCGCCCUCGAGGCCUACCUCACCCGUAUCCAGAAGUACUGCCCAGCCAGCAACGAGGUGUUCCUCUCCCUGCUUGUGUACUUCGACAGGAUGAUGAAGCUCGCGAAGGAGACGUGUGGGAAGGUGUUUGCAAUCGACAUGUACAAUGUGCACCGGCUGGUCAUUGCCGGUGUGACUGUGGCGAGCAAAUUCUUCAGCGAUGUGUUCUACACGAACUCACGCUACGCUAAGGUCGGCGGAUUGCCUUUGACGGAGCUGAACCAGCUCGAGCUUCAGUUCCUACUCCUGAACGACUUCCACCUAAUGAUUUCCCAAGAGGAGAUGCAGUUCUAUGCGACGAAGCUGGUACAGCAAUCGCAAGUACCUUCUGGCGUCUCCUUGAUCCCUUUCCUCCCCGAAAUCUCCCCCUCCACUCCUCACGAUCCCCGCCAAUCUCCCAUCGGGCCUUUGAAGUAUUUCCAGGCCGUCGACCGAUACCUCGCCCACCUACGCGCGCGCGUGCAUCCAACACAUGCCGAACACAUCUCACUCUCCCACCCGCCGUCCUACACUCCAUCACACUCGCGACCAUCGUCGGAAUACCGGAGGUCGGCAAGUUCAUACUCGACGUCUUCCGCCUCCGAUUCUCUCACAGAAGGCGACACGGAGACAGAGUUUGACGGCGAGACGGACGACGAGCCGACGAUUCGAGCUCCACAUUCCUCGGCGUCUGCGAGCGAUGCGGACUCAAUAUGUACCGACGACAGCCAGAGCGAGAUGGGAGAGGAUGCAUAUCACGCGAACGGGGCGCGGGGUUACCACCACCGGGCAAUGAGCCCUUGA